AUGUCUAGUGCCAAUAUGUUUAAUGAGGUAAUUUAUAUUUUAUAUGCGUAUAUUAUGUACGCAUGUUCAGAAACAAGUUAUAUCUUAAACAUAUAAACAUACAUUAAGCGCUCAUUAAAUAAACUAAAUACACAUUGAAGAUAUACACUUACAAGUACAAAUUCCACUAUGCAAUCUUCUUGGAUUAUUCUAAUGCUAACGACAUACUUUUCAGUUGAAACUUGAAAAAAAUGAUGAAAAAUGUCGUGUUGCAAGUUUUGCAAGUUUUGCUAUAAAAAGAAGAUCUCAAUGUAAAUUCAUAGUAAGUUUUGUUAUGAAAAAAAUUUGCAAUGUCUGUACAGACAUUUGAAUUUAUAAAAUUUUUAAGAAGAGAAAUGUUCAAAUAUAUUACUCAUAAUAUACAAACAUCGUAGAAAAGAAUCAACGAAUCUUCAUAUUACAAAAGAAUUACGAAGCUUCAUAUAAUAAAAUAAACAAAAUAAACAAAAUAUUGUACGAUUUUUUUAUACACAGUUAAUAGUAGAACGUCGGUUAUCGGAAUGUCGAUUAUCCGGAAUUUAUCAGUCAUUUGAAUUUUGAUUAUCCGAAUAGUCUAAUUAAUUAUGUAUGUACACAUUUAAACUAUAUAUUAAACAAUGUUUAUUUUGGAAUAUGUAUCUUUCCCUCAAAUGUCCUAUUUUAGUGUCUUAUCUAAGCUAACUAUCUUUCAUUUAUGCCAUAAAAAUACUAUUAAAAGAAAAAAAUACUACCAAAAUUAAAAAUUAUUAAAUAUUACUAAAUAUUUUAAAAAAAUACAUAUAAUUUAGUCAUAGAAUGUUAUGUUAGACAAUGUAUAA